AUGAAUAAACUAAUUUACAUUUUAUGUAUCCUACUUUCAAUUGCUAAUGGGUUUAUAACUAAUGAUUCUGGGUCCAAAUCAGGGAUUGAACCUGGUAAUAGCUGUUAAAACUCAUAUUCAACUACAUUAACUAUUCCAUUUUCCCAAUAAUUUGAGAAUAUCCCAUAAGUUAUCAUCAUUUUGACAAGAUGGACACUAUAUUACGGUUCAACUGAGUUUAAGCUUUAAAUUACAAGCACAACCACAUCAAGUAAAAAAUAUUUCUAUACUGAGAUUUUUAAGUCUAAAUAAGUUGUCCACAUACAUAAGUCUUUUAUGUUUAUUUUAAUUGGUAUGCCAUUGAUGAUCAACGAGUCUAAGUAAUAAACUAAUUCAAUUUUGCAAAUCCAGUCACCUAAACCUUUUCUCAUCAUAAUCCUAAUGCCUUAUAUGGUUUUAUAUCACCAAUAAGUUUUGGAGGAAAUGGUUUAAUCGACUGCAACCUUUAAGUAUUUCUUAAUCUUAUUAAGAUAACAUCAAUAACAAAAACAACUGUCACAGUUGGUUUAUCUGGAUAAGCUGGAAAAAUUGAAAAUCUCAAAUAGAUUGGAUACUAGAUAAUUUUAGGAAUAUAAGAGGUAUUUGAUAUCCUGAGCAUUCAAACAACAGCUUUAUAUAAUAGUGGUAAUAAUAAUUUAUAGGCAAAUAAAUGGCUUUUGACUCCUAUUGUUGCUGUUACAAAUCCACCAAACGAUAGUAUUCGACUUUGGAUAAAAUACACCACCACAUCCACUACAAUCUCAUAUAAUAUUGAAACUUGUAAAUAUUAUUUUGUUAUUUUAGGGGGUUAUCCAUAUUCACCCAAUACUCAUAAUAAAAUUUGGAUGUCUUAUGCAAUAAAUGAAUAAUUUACUAAGAUGUUGCUACUAACAGUCCGAAUAUCAUAAAAAUUUGAUAAGAGUUCCAUCACUAGUCCUUCAAUUUAAUUAUAAAUGCCCUAAAUUAAUGAAAGCUAUAGUUCAAAUGGUGUUUAUACUGCAACUUUUGAUCAAUCUUAAACACCAGUUUAAAUGAAUGUUUAAAUGAAAUGUUUUAACGGAAAAAAAAUUAAAAGUUUGUUUAGCAAAUGUAAUAAUUGCCCUGAAAAUAAGAACUAUCUAUUUAGCCACUUUUGUCAUUCAAAUAUCAAUUAAAUUUCAUAUUUUGCUAAAUUUACUCCUACUAAACAAGCCCAUAAUGAAAUCAAAAUAACGAUUUCUGAUUCUGAGAUCAAUAUUGCUCAUGUAGUUUAUAAUUAAAUUAAGACUGAGGCUUAGAUAUUAAAUAUCUUAUUAAUCAAUGCCUGA